GGAGCCGGUCAAGCAGAGAAGAGCAGCGCGGAUCUAUCUGAUCUGAGCCAGCCGAGGGGGGGGGGGGCGGGGGGAAGAGAACAAGCCAACAAGGGAGCUGGAGCAAAGGGAAAGAUAGCCAUGGAUCCACCACCAAACCCUAACCCCAACCCCACCGACGCCGAGCCCCAAGCCGAAGCUGGAGCCAGGCUCGCCGCCCUCUCUCUUCGCGGCGGCAGGGACCUCCCCCCGGACUUCGAGAUCCACGAGCACCACCUCGACGAUGACGACGACGACGACGAGGGCUACCUCACCGCCGCGUCCAGAGGCGGGAGCAGCACCUGUGCCUGGAAGGGCCUCCGCGACGACGACAGGGACGGGGACGACGUCUCCCCGCCCAGCCCCAGCAGCAGCGGUUACGCCGGCGAGCGGGGAAGCAGCCUCGACGAUGACCCCGACCCCGAACCCGCCCAGGAUUGGCCGCGUGACAAGAAGCAUCUCGACGAGGACGAUGCCUCAUCUUCGUGGAGGAAGAGGAAAAAACAUUUCUUCAUCUUGAGCAAUUCUGGCAAACCAAUAUAUUCCAGGUAUGGAGACGAGCACAAGCUAGCCGGCUUUUCUGCUACACUGCAAGCAAUCAUUUCCUUUGUUGAGAACAGUGGUGACCAUAUCAAAUUUGUGAGGUCUGGCAAACAUCAGAUCGUUUUCCUUGUGAAGGGACCAAUCUAUUUAGUCUGUAUAAGUUGCACGGAAGAGUCAUAUGAAGGACUGAGGGGGCAAUUAGAGCUCAUGUAUGGUCAGUUGUUGCUUAUUUUGACAAAGUCGGUCAAUAGGUGCUUUGAGAAGAAUCCCAAAUUCGAUAUGGCACCACUGCUUGGUGGCACUGAUGCAGUUUUCCUAUCUCUUAUACAUGCAUUCAGCUGGAAUCCGGCGACGUUUCUUCAUGCAUACACAUGCCUCCCUCUUGCACAAUCAACAAGGCAGGCAGCUAGUGCAGUUUUGCAGGACAUUGCUGAUUCAGGGGUUCUAUUUGCACUGUUGAUGUGUGAGCACAAGGUAAUUAGUCUUGUGGGAGCACAAAAGGCAACUUUGCAUCCUGAUGAUAUUUUAUUACUUGCGAAUUUCAUACUGUCCUCUGAAUCUUUUAGAACUUCAGAAUCAUUUUCACCCAUAUGUCUGCCAAGAUACAAUCCUAUGGCCUUCUUGUAUGCUUAUGUUCACUUUUUCGAUGAACAUACAUACGUGACUUUGCUUACUACGCGAUCAGAUGCCUUUUAUGAUCUCAAAGAUUCCAGGACCCGCAUUCAAAAUGUUCUAUUGAAGUCAAAUGUCCUCACCGAAGUCCAAAGAUCUUUACAUGAGAGUGCGCUGCAUGUCGAGGAUCUCCCAAUCGAUCCAUCUUCUCAAUCUGCAUCCCAGCCUCAGUCGUCUCGAGAUAUGAGUUCCCAAUCUUUAUCUUCGGAAAUGGCAAUCGGAGGACCUGCUGGACUCUGGCAUUUUAUAUACAAAAGCGUCUACCUUGACCAGUAUGUAUCAUCUGAAUUCCCCUCAUCCAUUAGCAACCGAAAGCAGCAGAAGAGAUUGUACAAAGCUUACCAAAAAUUUUAUGCCUCCAUGCACGACAAAGCAACAGGUCCACACAAAACUCAAUUCAGAAGAGACGAGGAUUAUGUUCUAUUUUGCUGGAUAACUCAGGACUUUGAGCUCUAUGCAGCCUUUAAUCCACUGGCUGAUAAGAGCCAAGCAAUCAAGAUGUGCAAUAGAGUAUGCCAAUGGGUGAGGGAUUUAGAAAAUGAGAUAUUCGUAUAUGGGGGAAGCGCCCUCUCCUGGCAGUACCAUCAUUGUUGGGAAGGUGAAUGAGGGACUGGGUUUGUCAGUCUUUGACAUUUUCUCAGAAGAGUAGGCAGGCCGCUGAGUUGUGGCUGAACUUUGUUGGCGCCUCUCAUAAUCAGACAACUCCAGACCAUGCAUCAUCAUCUCUCCCGCUUGAGUAAACAUAGCGAAUUUCUUGUAACCAAAGACGCGUACAGAAAAUACGUUGCCAA